AUGCAUUGCUGCAUCGCUGCUGCAGAGAUGACUCUCCCCCGCCGCAUCGUCGAUUGCCACCACCACUUCCUUGCGCCCGACGAGCCCUUCCACGCCACGCUCGGCGCGCUCGGCGCGCCCGCCUACACCGCGGAGCAGUACGCCGCCGACUCGGCCGGGCUGCCGAUCGAGAAGACUGUGCACAUCGAGGCGCUGGCGGACGACGGCGCGGGCGAGGCGGCGUACGUCGACGCGCUCGCCAGCCGCGGCGCCUGCAAGGUGGCCGCCAUCGUCGCCAACUGCGACCUCUCUGCGCCCGACGCCGCCGCGGCGCUCGACAAGAUCCAGGCGGCGAGCGCGCGCGUGCGCGGCAUCCGGUACAUCCUCGACUACGACGGCCCCUUCGACGGCGAGUGCCCGACGCACGUCGCCUGCAAGGCCCACGCCACCGACUACCUCCGCGACGCGUCCGCCGCCGCCGCGUUUGAGCGCGGCUUCGCGCUGCUCGCGGCCCGCGGGCUGUCGUUCGACCUGCAGCUCUGCCCUGCGCAGAUGGAGGCGGCGGCGGCGAUGAUCAGCCGCCACCCCGGUGUGCCAGUGGUGAUUGACCACAUGGGCAAGCCGUGGAGGCUGCGGGCGGACGGCGGUGCCGCCGACGCGGCAGAGCUAGCGGCGUGGCGCAAGGGGAUGGCAGCGCUGGCGGCGCUGCCGCAGGUGAGCUGCAAGCUGUCGAUGCUUGGGGUGGCGGUGCCGGGCUGGCCGGCGGGCGGCGCUAAGGAGGAGCUGCUGCGUGGCUUGGUGCUCGAGACCAUCUCGCUCUUUGGCGCGCGCCGCUGCAUGUUCAACUCCAACUGGCACAUCAACGGCGCCGUCUCCAACUCGGACGCCGGCGACGUGCCCAGCGACGAGGCGCUCACGAUGGCUUCCCUCUUCGAGCGCUUCCACGGAUGGGUGGCGCACUUGGGCGAGGCGGAGCGCGAGGCGCUCUUUGCGGGCAGCGCGGAGCGCUUCUACCGCAUCUAG